AUUUGCUUCCUCGUAAUUGUCAUGUUGGCCCAUUGGUGGUAUAAAUACUUCGGACCCUUGGCUGGAAUGGCAUCAGAAGUUCAGCCAACUCCCAGCAAUCAAGCAAAAUGCCCAGCCAACAACUGACUUUGAUUUUCGGCAUGGCCCUCCUGUGGGCAUUGGCCAGCGGCACCACCCAACCGCCGAGCCGGCGUCCGCCGGUGACCACCGCCCGCACCACGCCUCGCAACUGCCCGCUCUUCCCGCAGGUCUGCUCCAAGACCAGUCCCAGGGUUUGCGGCCGGACUCCGCGUGGCGAGUGCCAGCGCUUCGAGAACAUCUGCCACCUGAUGCUGGCCAAUGUGCUCCGGCAGCCCGAGGGCGUGACACAAACCCGCGACAUCGACUGCCGCAAUGUGAGGGGAACUGGUGCCGCCAAUCGACGACCCUGCUACAAUCCCUGUCCCGCCCGUCCCGUCGUCUGCAAGAGAUCGCCGCCCAGCCAGCACAUCUGCGUGCGGAGCAGGGACAACCGGCAGUGCAAGGUGCUGUCCAACAACUGCCAGCUGCGCAACCAGAACUGCCACAGCCAGCCCAGGAACAACUGGCUGCGCACCGACAGGCGGCGUUGUGGCCGUCUGCAGCUGGGCGAUAAGCCGCAGAAUUGCAUCCGGGUGCCAGUCCGGCCCAGAACCACCCGCACCACCACUCGGCGCAGCACCUCCACCACCAGCACCACCACCACCACCGCCCGGCCAGCCUAAAGGAUCAGGGACAUCGGUGGCCACACAUUACCAUUUUUUUUUUUUUCUCUCUCUACCCAACAUCCAAUGUGCGCUAUAAAAGUCAUAAA